AUGCUACUCUUCCUUCGGGUAAGCCUCCUUGCCUUGGCCACAGUGCAUUCAGACGCCAUCAUCCCUCUUCCGCAUCUCAUCGACGAAGCACAACUCUCACCUCCUCCACAAAGUUCAUCCACAGCUGCAUCCGAUACUCCACCCAGCCCAAACAACACUCUCACAUCAACGAUUGUAGACCCACGAUUCACGUACGACAUCAAAUUCGCCAACGAGUUCCUCGACAAAGAAUCCGCCUACAUGAACACCCUGCUAGCUUUAGCAGACCUUUCGACCAAAGGCUGGACUCCAGAAUUGAAAUGGGAAGCAAUAUACUCCCUUUCCAGCUACGGAGAUGUCACUAUCCGCAUCCACGCUAGCCAGAACCCUUCAACCUUGCAGUACCGCCAUGCGAUCUGGGGCCUCUACAUCGCCAUCCGCGAGACCUCGGCCCAUGGGUUUAGAGCGUGCGUAUUGACUGUGUACUGGGUUCCAGAUGAGAGUAGGCCGCGGCUCAAAUUAGGCUAUGUGUCAAUUCUUGGCGGAUCUUCCUUGGGCAUCGCCACUGGUAAUUCUACCGAAAUGUCUCUCGGGCUUGCACUUCCCACACAGAGAUCAUUACCAAAACUACGACUAGCCAACCUCACCACCACAAUCAACAACUUUACCACCCUCAGUACUGGGAAACCGGACAUAACGAAUCUGAACAUCGAAGUUAGCUUACUAGGAAGACCGCUAGAGAUCGAUGCCGUCUUCCACACCAUCUACGCAGGCGUACUAUCCCUGGCACCGUGGCCUCAAUACGCCCGAAUUGACGGACCCGGAGUCGUCGAAGAUCACUCAUCUCGCACUUUCCUACGGUGGGACUCUUCCUACCUCACGGUCCAGCCCACUUUUGAGUACAGGUACUUAAUCCUGGCUCUGGCGAAGCUGCCGUUGUAUAUGUAUGAGCAGAACCGGUUUGAAGAGGCGAGGUUUGUUGUGUAUGUGGAUGAGAUUGAGGUUGGAAGGGGUUGGCUGUAUAGGCGCGGGGUUGGAGGGGUUUCUGGUGCGGAAUGA